GGGUACAGUCGGGGACACUUCCGCUCCAGGAAGGCGAGGUCGGGGCCGAGAUUGUUGGCAGGGAGCUUUGCCUUCCCAGAACUCUGCCCUUCCCCAAAAGGAAAAGGAGAAAAAAAUGACCAAAUUCCAGGAGGCGGUGACGUUCAAGGACGUGGCUGUGGUCUUCACGGAGGAGGAGCUGGGGCUGCUGGACCCCGCCCAGAGGAAGCUGUACCGAGAAGUGAUGCUGGAGAACUUCUGGAACCUGGUCUCUGUGGGGCACUCAUCCUCCAAACCAGAUGUGAUAUCCCAGUUGGAGAGAGAGGAAAAGCUUUGCAUGAAGGAGAUCCACACCCAAAGGGGUGGGCACUCGGGAGGCAGGAAUCAAAACGAGAAGGAGACUCUUCACGAAGCAGGAGUAAGGUGCCUUUCAUUGGGAGAGUUUUCAUGUUGGCAAAUCAAGAGACAUAUCGUGAGCAAAUUCACCAAAGAUCAAGACUCCAAGAUAAAUAUUCAAGGAAAGAGUUCUGAGUUCCCCGAACAGUGUGAUUCCCCCUGUCAAGUGGGAGCAGGAAUAUGUAUUCAGGCUUCCGUGGAAGACAGCUGUAUAAUCAACCUUAUAGAGGAUCAUUCCAGUAUUCUUGAAAAUCAAGAAUUUCUGGCUGGGAGAGUUCAGAAUUCUUGGAGUAAAAUAUAUCUCAGCGAAACACAGAAUUACCAGAGAAGUUGUAAGCAGACUCAGAUGAAAAACCAAUUGUGUAUAUUUGCUCCAUACGUUAACAUCUUUAGUUGUAUCUCACACCACAAUGAUGGCGAUAAACCUCACAACGAAGACUGCGGUAAAGACAUCUUAAAGGUGUCCCCUCUGGUCCAGCAGACCUACCACUGUCGUCAGUGUGAGAAAGCAUUCAACGAUGGCCCCAGUCUUGAACUUCAUCAGCAGGUACACUCGAGAAAGAAGUCCUCCGAGUACAGUGCACACGAGAAGGACGCCCGCUAUAGCUCAGCUCUGCCCAUUCCACAAAGUGUUUACACAGGAAAAAAACGCUAUUGGUGUCACGAGUGUGGGAAGGGUUUCAGCCAGAGCUCAAACCUGCAGACUCAUCAGAGAGUGCACACAGGGGAGAAGCCCUAUUCGUGCCUUGAGUGUGGGAAGAGCUUUAACCAGACCUCCCAUCUUUACGCCCAUUUGCCUAUUCACACAGGAGAGAAGCCCUACAGAUGUGAAAGUUGUGGGAAGGGCUUCAGUCGUAGCACAGAUCUUAACAUUCACUGCAGAGUCCACACUGGAGAGAAACCUUACAAAUGUGAGGUGUGCGGGAAGGGCUUCACCCAGAGAUCACAUCUGCAGGCCCACGAGAGAAUCCACACCGGAGAGAAACCAUAUAAGUGUGGAGACUGUGGUAAACGCUUUAGUUGUAGCUCAAAUCUCCAUACCCACCAGAGAGUCCACACGGAAGAGAAACCGUAUAAGUGUGAUGAGUGUGGAAAGUGCUUCAGCUUGAGCUUUAACCUUCACAGCCAUCAACGGGUCCACACGGGAGAGAAACCAUAUAAAUGCGAAGAGUGUGGGAAGGGUUUUAGUUCAGCCUCAAGUUUCCAGAGCCAUCAAAGGGUUCACACGGGGGAGAAACCAUUUCGCUGCAACGUGUGUGGUAAAGGCUUCAGUCAGAGUUCCUAUUUUCAAGCCCAUCAGAGAGUCCACACUGGAGAAAAACCAUACAAAUGUGAGGUGUGUGGGAAGCGCUUCAAUUGGAGCUUGAAUCUUCACAAUCAUCAGAGGGUCCACACAGGAGAGAAACCUUAUAAAUGUGAAGAGUGUGGAAAGGGCUUCAGUCAGGCCUCCAAUCUUCAAGCUCAUCAGAGUGUCCACACUGGGGAGAAACCAUUCAAGUGUGAUGCGUGCCAGAAGCGAUUCAGUCAGGCCUCCCAUCUUCAAGCCCAUCAGAGAGUCCACACGGGAGAGAAGCCAUAUAAAUGCGAUACAUGUGGCAAGGCCUUCAGCCAGAGGUCAAAUCUUCAAGUCCAUCAGAUCAUUCACACUGGAGAGAAACCGUUUAAAUGUGAGGAGUGUGGGAAAGAAUUUAGUUGGAGUGCUGGGCUCAGUGCUCAUCAGAGGGUCCACACAGGAGAGAAACCUUAUACAUGUCAGCAGUGUGGUAAAGGCUUCAGUCAGGCCUCCCAUUUUCACACACAUCAGAGGGUCCACACUGGAGAAAGGCCAUACAUAUGUGAUGUCUGUUGUAAAGGCUUCAGCCAGAGAUCACAUCUUGUGUACCAUCAGAGAGUCCACACUGGAGGAAAUCUGUAGAAAUGUGAGGUGUGGGGGGUGGCCUUCGGUCAGAGUUCACAUCUUCAUCUCCAUUGGAAAAUCGGCGCUAGUAAUUGUAGAACGGUUCCUUCAGAACUCAGAAGCCUCAAGGAAUCUUCACAUGCAAGCAGCUCUGUGAAGUGCUCUCUUUUAAGGACAGCUGGGUGCUGAAUUCUUUGCGAAUCGGAUUUCACAGACGAGAGAAAACCUUUUCCAUAAAUACGGCCAGUGUUUGUGCCAGCAUUCUGAAUGUCCCAAUUUUUCGAGAUGCAACAUAAAAGCACUUCAAAAUUCACCCCAGUCUACCCAGGAAAAAGGCCUUAUAAAUGAAGAUUAGGGGCAGGACUUUAACAAAAGUAUAGUGAUGGACAAGUAAAAUUAAUGUCAGUGGCAGUGUAACCUCCGUGUAGGGAGGGAUGUUUUUCACUACUUUAUCUCUACUGUGUAGAAAAGUGCGCUUGGCUCAUAAGAGAUGCCCAGCAAUUACCGGACAAAGUGGAGAAAAUCUAUCAUUAGGACAGAUACAGUAAAACCUUGGUUUUAUGUGUGCCAUACAUGAGCAUAAUUCAUUCCAGAAACAUGCUUAAUCCAAAGCAGUUGUAUACCUAAGCCAAUUUCGUCAUAAGAAAUAACUCGGAUGAUUUGUUCCACAACCCAGAAAUAUUCGGAUAAAAAUGAUUACAAUACUGUAAUAUAAUAUAAAAUCAUAAAAUAUAAGGAAAAAUAAAUUAACCUGCACUUACCUUUGAAAACCUUAGUGGCUGGUGUGAGGGAGACAAGAGAAAGGAGGGUUACUGUGUAGGAUGACGGUCACUGUCACUAACGGAAUCACUGCUAUCUAUUGGUUCAAUGGACUCUUCUUCUGCACAGGGCCCUUGUAUGUGGUCGCACGGAUGUUGGCUACAGUACAGUAUUAAUAAACUCUUGUCAUAUACUGUAUUUAAUGUAACUGGCAAGAAGGCAGCAGAGGAAAGGGUCUCAAUCUGUAGGCAGCCUGACCUAGAAUGAAGCAAAGCCUUCUUAAGCUUACUCUUGUAUGGAAAAGCAAAGGACUGUCCAUAGGUGCUUUGAAGUGACAAAAAUACACUAGUGCCUGUUGUGGGUACCUUCCAACGUUCUGAAAAAUCACUGAUUUCUGCCGAACACCACAGCCUGAGACUGAGCAUCUGAGCAUGUGAAUCCUUCAGUGAGAGAGAGAGAACCAUUGGCUCACUUGUGAUCACGUGACAUUGGGCGUCACAUACGACUCGUAUUGCAAGACAUCCCUCGUCUAUCAAGUUAAAACAUAUUAGAAAUGUUUGCCUGUCUUGUGGAACAUUUGCAGAACAAGAUACUCGCAGUCCAAGGUUUUACUGUAUUUGAAAAUUCUACUCCCCUACCCUGAAUUCAUAAUAACAUACUUCAAAGGAAUCCUGCAAGUAGCCUUAAUGAGAUUAAUUUCAGGAGAUACUCAAGUACAGAAAAUUACAUAAUACUGCCAUCCAUAAUAAUGCAAAUUGGGAUGGCACUGGUGAAUGGCCCCCAUCCCCAAUCUGGCCCUGGUUCUUUGUAGUGUGUCAGCCCUGUUGUACAGUGUAAUAUUUAAUGUUAUUAAUUUGUAUUUUAUAGACUGAAAAAUACUGUUUUUAAGCAAUCUAAUAACAUGAUACAAUUUAUAUGCUUGGGAAUUUUGGACCCUAAUCCAUUAAGGUAGAUUUCACUGUUAACUCUUUAAAAGUGUUGAGUAGUUACUAAUGACAAAAAGUUUUUUAGUAAACUUGAAUUGUUAAGAAUUGGUUUCUUCUCCUUUUUCCAUUUAGGCUUAGGUCAGCUUGCCUUCUCUGUGCAUAAGUCCCCCAUCCAGACCUCUGUAGGCAGGGGCUUUAGCAGAUUUCAAGUACAUUAAUUUUGUCACACCCCGCCCCCCACCAAAGGGAGUGUGGAGCAAGAAACCUGUUGAAUUUUAUUGAAAUUUCAUUAAAUGUAACAAUUUAGAUGGAUUACCAUUUGCACAGCAUUCAGUGCCUCUUGUUAGGAGCGAACACCAUUAGCUGGUCAAUAUAUAUCAUAAUACCCUUUGACCUGGCAAUCAUAGCACUAGAGGCUUUGCUUAAAAGAUUAUAGGAAAAGUGGGAGUGGACACAGGAUGCUUAUACUUAAUUUUAUAAAAAAAAAAAAUGCUUAGCAAAAUAUUGGAGUAAAUAUGUUCUAAUGAUAUACAACUGCAAAAAAAAGAUAACGACCUUGAUCUAUAAUGGCAGGUAGAGAACCAUCUUUCCUGAGAAAACUAGGUUAGCGCCCUCCCAGUAUGUGUGGACCAACAAAUAUGUAUACCUACAGAUGUGCUUAUGGAUGGCUUUAUCUCACCAUAUGUCACGGGAACCUGUUUACAGAGAUGCAUGAAAGGAUGUUCAUUGUUUCAUUAUUGGUUAUAGCACAGUUUGCAUUCAUCAGGUGGGUUGACAAAACAGUUUAUGGUUUAUCUAUUCAGUGCAAUACUAUGCAAAAUCACAUGAAAAAUAAACUUAUGGUUACUAACACUGGUAAAUACCCAGGAUAUGCAAAUAAGAGUGGCCAGAGUUUUGUAGGAGAUAGAUGCAUGUCAAUCUGUUAUGUCCCCUUUAAAAGUAAUCAGAUCAUAUUCAUACCUCUAGAUAUACUGUGCUAUGUAUGUGGAAUAUUCUCAUGUAUACGUAUGAUACAAUUACCUUUAAAAGGGGGGUAUUAGAGUAAAAUUUUAACUUGUUUUGAGAGCAUUUUAAAGCCUUUAUUUUCAGCGUAUUCUAAACAUUCAGAAAAGAUGCAAGAACAGAAUUCCCAUAUAUCCUUAGGUUAUCCACUGUGAUUACAGACCAACCAGAUCAUUCAACUGUAUAAUACCUGAGUUGAGAGGACCCACACAGCUUUGGUUCCUUGGGCAUGUCUUUCCAUCUCUGUGGUCGCAGAGCCACUUCAUACUGACUGGACACUACGUGGAGCCUCAGAGUAUCCUAACAAAAAUCAGCAGAAGUACUAUGGCCUCGUCUAAUCUACCCUCAGAAGUUACAGUGUUAAUUCGAGGAGGCAGUUACAAAAACCCAUCCAGGAUCAAAAAGAGAGGGAGCACGGACUCCACCUUUUGAUAAGAGGAGCGUCAAGGAAUUUGCAAACGUGUCUUAAGAUUACCAUACUUGGUUAUAAUGUUUUCUAAUCUACAGCGUAUUCAAAUUCCACAGUUGUCCCAUAAUAUGUUUAUAACAGUUUUUUUUUUUUUUUUUCUCUAUUCCAGGAUCUAAUCUUAAGACAGGUCAUUAUGUUGUCCUGUUCCUUUAAUCUUUAAAUCUGGAUCAGCUCCACGGUAUUUCUCUUUCAUGAAAUCAGUACCUCUGAAAAGUAUGGGCUAUUUUGUAGACUAUCCCUAAAUUUUGGUGUGAUUUCUCAUGACUAGAUUCAAAGCAGUGUGGCAAGCAUGUUCCAUGAAUGACACAUACUUCUCAGUGCAUUAAACCAGGAAACAUAUUUAUCAGUGAUCCUAGUUUUGAUCAUUUGAAUAAACUGACAACUUCAAGGUUUCUCCACUGUAAAAUUGUUUUGCCUUUGAUAUUAAUAACUAGUUUGUGGGGAGAUUUUUGUGUAACAACUACCUUAUUACAAUCUUUCACCUGCUAGUUUUAUUGUUGAUAUCUUUGGUCUGAAUCAGUUAUUACUGCGAUGAUUGCAAAGCGAUGGCUUUCUUGCUCCGUCAUUCCUCCUGUAUUUAGCAAUUGGCAUUCCAUCAUUACAGGAGCUUUCCCUUCUCCCCUGUGUCUCUUUUCUAUCUGUAUGUAUCAUCAAUAUGAACACUUGAUUUCUGGUCUAAUAGCAUUUUGGGUUUAUCUUGUAUACUGCCUGCUGCAGCCACAGAUUCUACAAAGACCUGAUUCCUUUGAGUGGAAUGGUACUUAGAAACCAAGAUCUGCGUGCUAUGUGUUAUCAUUAUUGGGGUAUCAGUCCUUCCUGUAUAUGUAUGUAUGUGAAAAAUGAAGAUACCUUCAACUUCAAAUAAGUAUGUCUAGUCUGUCCCUAUUCCAUAUUAACUUCUUUUGCAAUAGUCGGAAAUCAGUUCCCAUGAUCAUCAAUCUGUUUACUGAUUAUUCAAUCCUUUAAUACACAGCAAGUAGUUUUGAGUUGCUAAACAAUAGCAUUGUGGGGGUAACUGGGUAGCUCGGUCAGUUGAGCAUCCAACUCUUGAUUUCAGUUCAGGUCAUGAUCCUACGGUCAUGGGGUCAUGCCCUGCAUGAGGCUCUAAGCUGAGCGUGGAGCCUGCUUAAGAUUCUCUCUCUCUGUCCUUCUCCCCCACUCGUGUGUGCUCUCUCUCAAAAAAUAAAUAAAACAAUAGCAUUGCAAAAAAUAAACCUGGCUGUGUUCAGGACUUUACAAGAAUUUUUCUCUUUAAACCAAGUAUAUAAAGUACUUUAAAAGUAACUUUGUCUAUUUCUUUUUUGUUUCCAUUCAAUCUAGUUAUAUUAUUCAUUUGAAAUAAAGUUAGAUUCUUUUCUUUAAUGUUUAUAUUCCCUUUCAAGCUCUCCGUAUCUUGUGAUUUACAAAAAUUGGUAAAUGAAUUAAGUUCUGAUGAAACUCUAGUUCCAUAAGUACCCUAAUAUGUUUUUAUUUGUAUUGAUUUCCUUCUAUUUAGACAUAUGGUUAGACAUAUUUAUUAAAGUUUUUUAUUUGCCUCCUUAGAAAUAUACAAUAAGUACUUUUCAUUUUUUCAUGAAAUUAAUCUUUAUAUUAUAUAUUCCUUUGUGUAGAUAGGCCACAGGAAUGGGGAGGUUAAAAUGCAUGGUGGAAAUUGGGUGGAUUCACAGAAGUUUGGUGGUUUACAAAUGGUCAAGUCUUUGUAUUUUCUUUAUAUUUGAAAUAAUCCAGGAUUAAAAUAAAAAAUAUGUGUGUAUAUUUAUGUACACAUAUAAAUAUAAAUCUAUACAUCAAUAUAUGAAAAGAGAACUAGUGAGUAUAGACUUUUAGGGUCAGAGAAAGUUUACCAAACUCUGCAGUUGAUGUGCAGUUGUAGUUGCUCUGAGACUUGGACAAUUUACUGGAAAAAAGCUGCCUGUUGAUGAGGCAUUCUUAAUAACUACCAUGAAACUUCAAUGAAGAAAGUUGUCCCCGACCAAGGAUUCUAACUCUUCCAAAUUGUCUCUUUUCUCUCACAUUCCUUGUACUAGUUACUAGACUUGGACAUGGGGUAGGUAUCUGUUGUUCAUUUUCCCUUCCAAACCAUUAUCUCCAUCUCCCCUCUGCCCAUUAAUUUGCACAAACUACCCACUGUUCCUUCAUGCAGCUAUCAACCAAUCUUCAUUCUUCUUGUCCCUUGAUUUUAUCUCCAGAACGAGUCCUGUUACCCUGCCACUACUCUUGUCACACUACUUGAAGAUUAUUAUAUCCACUUCCAAAAACCUGGACUCUCAGUUCUUUGACUGCUGUGCCACCAAUGGUCUUGUCUUCCACAUCACCUCAGCCCCUGACUCCAAUGGUAACAUCUUACUUACAAGAAAGUAACCAGAAACCCUCUAUAAUCUCAAACAUUCCAAUCCAAUCACCAACUGUCAUUUUACCAGCCUAUAUCCUCUUUAUUCUCAUUUUAAUAACUUUUAGAACUCACAAGGACCUAAAAUUCAUCACUCCUACUCGCUUUCACUCUCCCACCUUAAUUUCCCCUAUGUGUGGAAAGAAGAUCAGACUUCCCUUAAAUCCCAAUGCCCAAAACUGUGUCUCAUGUCAAUCUCUAACAGCAAGGAAUACUUCAAGAGUGUUUAUGUUUCCCAGUCUAUAGAAAGGCAGGGAAGAGGAAACUGGGUUAGGAAUAUAUGCUAGAUGAAGCAAUCUACAGUUUGUGGUCCAAAUAGGCUGUGACUUAAGUGUGUUUUUGCACACUAGAUCCAACCCCAAUUUAUUAUCUUUCACGUAAGAGUCAUAUUGCAGUUCUAGUGAGAAUAAGGCUAUUAUAGUAAUAAUGCCAACACUCAGGAUUUUUACAAAAUAAUUUCAGGGGUGCCUGGGUGGCUCAGUUGGUUUAACAUCCAACUCAAUUUUGGCUCAGGUCAUGAUCUCACAGUUCAUGGGAUCAAGCCCCACAUCAAGCUUGUGCUGAAAAUGCAGAGCCUGCUUGGUAUUCUCUCCUCCUCUCUGCCCCUCCCCUGCUCGUGCUCUCAAAUAAACUUAAAAAAAAAAUUUAAGACUUUGGAGAUUGAUCAGUUGCUAUAAUUAGUUAUCUGUGCAACAUCUCAUGAAUUA